AAAUACAUGACGAGCCAAUUUCCAGUUUAUGUUUAUUUUAUAGUAUUGUGUUAUUUAUAACUAUAAAUCUCAUGUGUUAGUACUUACUAUAUAGUGCUCCUCCGUCCCAAUUUAUGUGGCACCAUUUGACUUGACAUGGAGUUUAAGAUAGAAAGGAAGACUUAAUUUGUGGACCAAAACAAUUCUUAGAUAUUUGUGUGGCUGUAAAUUAUCAUGAAGUUUAAAUUGCUCCUUGAUAUAGGAAGGUGACAUUAUUUUUGGGACAAACUAAAAAAGAAAGUGUGCCACAUAAAUCGGGACAGAGGGACUGGAUUAUUUUUGAAGAAACAAUAAAACAAGAGGGUUUAUACAUAUUUGCUGAUAGAGAUCACAAAAACAAUGUCAAAUUCUUUCAACACCUUUCCUCUCGAGCUGAAAGUACACUGCAAGGAUUGUGGACUGGAACUGAAAAAAGAUCUGCUAAAGUUUAAGGGGGUUCAUUCAGUAAAAAUUGAUCAAAAACUUAGUAAAGUUGUCAUCUCUGGCAAAGUAGACCCUGCAGAAAUCCUAAGCAAGUUUGAAAAGUGUGGGAGAGAAGCAGAGCUCUGGCCAUGUGAACAAUUAAGACGGAAUGAUCCGUUCAACGAUCCGGACAUUAUGGCGCAACUGGAGCAGUUCUCUGAUAUCUCAGGAUUGCAUUCUGUGGAGGUGACUAAAACCACUAAGAUAACUUUCCAAGGACAAUCAACAAGUAAUAACCCCGGGGUUACUCAAUCGGAAGUGCUUCCACAUGGUGGUGGUGGUGGUGGUCGACUUUGUUCUGCUUCUUCGUCAUGCUGUGGUUGCCAUGGUGGUAAUACUAGUUCCUGUUCUUGUUGUGCGAAUAAUAGAAACAACUAUUCUUACCAUAAUGUACCGGUUACACAAUCAGAAGUGCUUCCACAUGGUGGUGGAUUUUGUUCUGCUUGUUCGUCAUGUUGUGGUGGUCAUGGUGGUGAUUAUACUAGUUCUGGUUCUUCUUGUGCGAAUAGCAGAAACAACUAUUCUUACCGUUGCCCGCGGCCGCAGCCAAGAGGGUACAUUCCUGAUCCACCUGUGGUACCACCACGCUCAGGCAAUCGUCCUAUUCCAUCAGCCCCUCUUAUGCCACCUGACCAUUUUCAUCAGCCACUACCCUCACCACCUGCACCCUCGUGUACCUCCUUCAUAUUACAGUGUCUUAAGGGAUGAGAAUGCGAAUGGCUGCAUAAUCCUAUGCUCUGUGUGUGUGUGCACGUGUGCGUAUGUUUCAUGUUAUACUAUGUGGUAGAAGUCCAGUUUUUAAACCAAAAAAAAAAUUUAUCAAGGGGUAGAGGAAAUACAGAAAAGUGUAGCAGUAGUAGUUCAUGUAAAAUCUGUGAUGUUGUCAGGUACUCCUAUUGUAAAGUGCUUUUCUUUUUCAACGAUUGUAAAGUGUGCAUAUUGUGUGAUUUCUGAAAAAAAAAAAAAGA